AGUUCCUCGGUCCCACCACACACAGCCAGGCUUGUCCAUUCUCCUCAUUCGGGCACAGGAAUCAAGUACUUUGACAUGUGAAUAACCGACUACACAAAAGAGACAAAAGGUUACGAAAGACAGGAAAAGGGGGGAUGCUGCAAGGCUGCAGCUUUUUGCUUUUUCUUAUGAAAACUGAAUCUACGUGAAAAUAUUGUCAUUCACCAAUAAACAAACAAACCUUUUUAUUUCAUUCAAGCUAAUAUUUUACAGAAAACCCCCCCUCCCAAAAAACAAAAACAAAAAACCCAACGAAAACGAUAACAACAAUUAAAAACACCAUCAAAAACCCCUACAAAAAUUCAACCUUAGAAAUGUUCACAAGUACUCGUACUGCUGAAAGCAUUUGAACCGAGAAACCCUCUAGAAACUCAGGCAGCUACACUACCCACUGCACCAGUCCAUCUGUCGACGGUACCAGAGACUGCAGUUCUCUGUCCGAGUCCAGGAUUGAAACGAGUGACCACAACUCUCUGACAGGGAAGGCCGAUUGACCGACCAUUCGCACGUGCAGUCACUUUGCCGGGCGCUCGCUGCUGGUAAAACCAAGACGUACGUCGUAACUGACAGAUCUGGAUGGAGAGGCGAUCAGCAGGGAUGUCAGAGGCAGGAGCUGAGGAGACGGAGGGCGAGUCUCCUGUGAUAGAGUGUGGAUGGGAACUCCGCUCACUAGCCGGGUCGUACACCUACGUAAGCGAAGGAGAAGACAGUCUGUGUACUCUCUACCUCCUGGCGCCCAUAGACCACGUGAUCCAGCUAGAGUUUCCCUUCUUUAACGUGGCCUGUGCUGAGGACUCGGCUGUGGAUAUCCUAGACGGCUGGAAGCUCGACGGUCAAGUAUUUCCCAGUUCCGACGACCACCCUCAGCCCAUGUCUUACCGGGAACUCCGAUUCUGUGGCGAGGGUGCCAGGCCAGGCCCGGUCACCAGCAAACAGAACAUUGUUCAGAUCUUCUUCAAAGUGCCCGUCAGAGGCCAAGGGUUCAUGGUCAAGGUCGCCUUCAAGGUCAACAAGAAACUUCCCAAGCCAGUCCCCCUUCGUUGCCACAGUUCUGCAGUGACCCUCAAGUCUAGUGGUCAAUUUUACAACAAGCUCAUCUUCUCUUUCCUGCCGGACCAAGACGGUGUCAUUCUGUGCUGAGAUAGGAGGAAAUCUGAGGAAAAACAAAAAUGAGACAAAAACAAAGUCACAUGACCUGUCAAAUAUGGUCAUAACUACCAGUGACGUCACUAGUCGGGGAGCUCAAGUGAAGAUGAAGGCGUUGGCAGAUCUUGGGGAAAACCCUUAAGCAAUGAUGAUAUUUUCUUGUACAA